AUGUGCACACUCAUAUGCGUGCAAUUGCACCCCCCGCGCAGACUCGCCGCGACCAUCAAGAGCACCUUCAACCUGGAGAGCGACGAGCAGGUGGACGAAAUUUUGGACAAGGAAAACACCAGCAUCUGCAAAGUGCAGAAAACAAAAAUUACCAUCUACUUUUCGAAGAACAUCCCAGUUCUGUUUUCCAUCAAAAAUGACCUCUUCCCAACGGUGUACACACUAUGGAAGUUUCCCCGCCUGAUCCCCUGCUUUGUCAUAUACCCACCUGCCUCCGAAUUUCUCAUGAAGGGAGCCGACUUGAUGAUCCCAGGAAUAUGCAAAGAGGUAGACCAUUUAGAAGCACUAAAGGAGGGAAGUGUAUGGGGCGUUCGAGUGUUUAAUAACCCGCACCUUUUUGCAGUUGGGCAAUGCUCAGUGGACUAUGACAGUAACAACUGCUUCUACAAUCUAAAAGGGAAGUGCUUAAAGGUCGUUCACAUUUUUAAUGAUGAGCUGUGGAGGAUGGGGUCCCAAACUGUUCCGCACAGCAGCUUCCAGGGGAAAAUUAUCGACUCGGUGGAGAACGUCGUGGACAACUUUGACGAGUUUAGGGUGUACGAUGAGAGUAAGGGGAAGAAAAAGGCGCAAAAGGGGGGGCAGCAAAGGGGGGACCCCGGUGGAGAUGUUGGAACGGGCGCAGACGGUGGCAGUGAUGCCCUCUGUUCGGACCCCCCCAAUGAUGAAAAACCCCAUGAGGACCCCCUCGAUAACCGCUACCGCGCCUUCACGGACGACGAAAGCGAGCAGGAGAAGCCGAACGGGGAGGGCGACCCCGCCGCACGAAGCGAACCCAAGCCCACAGGCAAAACGAGCGAAAAAAGCCUAGACAAUUUUUACAAACAUUUUGCAGUGAUACUGGCCCAAAGGAGCCACGCAAAAGGGGAUGCACCACCACCCAGCAGCAAAAAUGCCAAGGGAGGAAAAAAACAAACUGGGAAGGACACCCAAUUUAAGGAACAAAAUCCCCCAAGUGAAGUGAAAAAAAAGUGCACAGUGGGUAUCGACUCAAUGGAGGAGAGUUCCCAUAAAAGGGACACCCCUGAGGAGGAGAAAACAAAUCAGCAGAAGAAGCACCACCUGCAUGGUAACCCCGCAACUGAGCAGGGGAAGAGAGACGAAAUGAGCAAAGCGGUGGAUAACAGCACCCACACAGAGACAGACGUAAUGAACGAGUGGGACGAAUGCUCAGCGGAGGAAAAUGAGCCAAACGGCCAGGGUGAAGACCAUAAGGAAGUUUCACUAAAAAAGGCCCCAUUUAGAAGCGAAUCGAAAGAGGCAAAAUAUGACGACGAGGAAACGGUGAGCGAAGCCUCCUUUGUGGAGGAACCCAACGUGAACAUGCCCCAAGAGAGAAAUGAAAAAGACACAUUCGCACUGAAAAGCGAACAGCAGGAUGCACUGCUGAUGUUCCUCUUCCUAGAAGUAGCUCACUCACUUAGUGAUGAUAACCUCCCGUUGGAAGUUUCCGGAGUGUAUAGCAGGAUGACCAAGGAGUUUCUAUACAUUCACAGAAAUGAGGCUUUCCUGGGAGAGCUACAAAAACUGGGAGUCCCUACCGACAUUGCAAAUAAAAUAAAAGCAAAAGAGGUGAACCUACAAUUGGAUGUUAAAAAAUCGACUUAUAAAAAAAUUAGCAAAUUUGUGCAACACUGCUCCAAGUUAAAGCUCAUUAAGAUAAAAGAAAACAGAAAUGUUAUGUCCGUUGUGAAUAUACGAAGGGGUAGCUCUGUGAUCUCCUCUUAUAAGCCCAUGUCUUUGGAGGAGAAGAAACUAUGCCAGUUGGAGGGCGGCGAAAAUGAUGGGGGGGGUACACAAAACGGGGCGGAAUGCACCCCAAACAGUGGUGCUCAUCAAGACAAAAGUACAUCAAAUGAAGCGACAAAUAAAGCGACAUCCGAAGCGACCAAUAAAGGGGUGCAGGUACUCGAAUUUUACAUGCCUUCCUCCAAGGGGAUAAACAUCUUCAAAUGUGUAGAUAGCAAAACGGAGAGAAGUUCCUACUACAACAUUAUGCAGCUGAAGGAUGUUCUAAAAUCGUAUGUACAGAGUCAGAAGCUGGUGAGCGGCAAGGAUCCCCAGGUGGUGAAACUGAACGAUGAUUUGAGAGCCGUUUUAAAUGGCCCAUGUGAGUCCUCCACCAUGCCGUAUGAAUCCUUGCUCAGCCAGUUCGUCUCGACUCAACUGCCCUGCUAUGCCAUAAUCAAACCGUAUGCUAAUUUCGAUGUAGACCCAAUUAAAGUGACCAAGGGGAAGUGCCCAUCUAUCCACAUUUACGCUGUUGCCAGGAUGAAGGGGAAAAAAUAUGUUACCCAUAUUACAAAUUUGUUCCUCUUCCAUGUGGAUUUGAACAAAUUUACGGAGCAUGUGCAGAAGCAGCUGGCUUGUUCUUGCUCCAUUGUCCUUUCGCCCUCCACCAAAAAGGAGGAAGUCCUCGUCCAGGGCAAUGUCGUAAAUAUGAUUCACGACAUUUUGAUUAGAAAUUACAGCCUCCCCAGGAAGUACAUUGCGCUGAACACCAAGUAG